AUGCAAAAGAAGGUAGCACCCGAGCGACGUCCCUUCUGCGAUCCUCGGCUGCAGGAUGAUAAGGUAAGGAGAAAGAGGACUCUCCAUCUUCCCCGAGUUUCGCAGGCUCAAAAGAAGGGUGAUAAGCGCCAGCUGAACGACUGCCCCUUUUUCAACCUUACCUAUGGCUUUGACCAGCUGCCCCUGGAUCCUGUCAAGGAGUUUCUGGAGGAGAAGAUAUCUCACAUGCAGACUGACAAAAUAGUGGGACGCUGCAAUCGGGAGUUUGACUUCCAUCGAUAUGAUUUGGAUAAUGUUAAGGAGGAGUAUGACGAGUGCGAUGAUGACAGUCUACAGGAAUUGCAAUUGGAGGAUAUUAUCAUGCCCGAGCAGUUCGAGAUGCUGCGCGAUGCCAAGGAUCAUAAGUACAACUUUGAUUCGGAGGCUUGUAAUCAAUUUCCCUGGAUUGACAAAUGGAUGACUGGCGUGCGUCCCAGUGAGCAGGAAAUCUAUGAAAUGACCAACCAGCUUCUGGAAAUCUACUGCAAUCGGAGAGUUCGGAUCUUCUAUCCGGGCUGUGGUACCAGUUCAUCAUUGUGGACAAACCAGCUAAGGAGACAGCAUGGAGCCCCUUCGGAACUAAUAGGAGCCUAUCGAACGCCAUCAGCUCGUCACAUGCGGGUCAACAACAUGAGGGGUCCUCCCAAGAAGGAGAAGUUCACGGCCGGCGAUCAUUAUGCAUUCCGAACGCCACAGGAAUGUCGAAAUGAGCUUAUGAGAGUAGGCAAAAUAAUUGACGAUCUCAUCGAACCCAUAUUAAAAGCCGCCGAGCACAAGGUUGGCCACGGACUCACUAAGUAUCCUGAUGAGCCGACGUGUAAGGAUAGAAGGACGAAAGUUCUUCAAUCAGUUGGACUUCUAGUGGGAAAGAAAAAGACCUGCUAUGUGGGAAAGAAUCGCAUACAUCGUAAGGAAUUCUCCACAAAUGAGGAGUUUCUGCGUUGUCUCAAGAAAAUGGAAGCCACCCACUUUCCGUACAUGCAACCCCUCCAACCGGUGGAUCCUGAUGAACAGAAAAAGAUAAUGAUGGCCAAAUACCAAAAAAUGCUGACAGCCGCCGAGAAGAUUUUCCCUCUGAAGAUGCAAAAGCGAUACAAGUGCCUGCUGAAGAGUAUGUCCAUAGUGCAACUGGAGACAUAUCCUUCACACCUCAUACGAAGGGCCUUCAGGCGCAUCAAUCCGCGGAGCGCCCUGCUCACAGAUGCUUACAGAUUCAUCCUCAAGGAGGAGAAAGAUUGGCCCAAACUGCCGCCAGAAGUUAUAUUAAUGGAUUAUCUGUUCGUGGGCAACCACGGUGUGCGCCAGGACUUGGCCAUCCUUAUUAUCGUCUGCCUCAUCGAUCUGCAGGAGGACUUCCGCCACUAUGUCAAGCGCGCCUUCUUGAACUACCUCCUCUCUUCAAAUAUGGAGAGAAGGCGACUUCAGCUGGAGAAGGAGCCCCCGGAUUUUCCCAUCUUCACUAUCUCUCCGCCAGUUCCUUGGCGUUCUAAUCUCUUAAGAGCCAAAGCUCGUAUUGGAGAGGUGCUCAUGAUUACACAUCCUACAGUUCAGGCGUUGAAUAGAUUGUGGCAUGAUCUAUAUGAGGACCUGGUGGUGGUGGAUCUGGGUCAGUUACUUCUGGCUCAGCGGCCAUUGGAUGCGGAUACUGUCCAGGUUUUUAUUGAGAAGAGCUGUGCCGAUGUUCGGGAUUUGCUUCUCAAUGACUGGCUGCCACGAUGUGCUGACUUGAUGAACGAGAUGCGUGGUACUUGGAAGGAUCUGGUACCUAUGUCAGGCAAAUAUGGAGGACGGGCAGCAAUGCUCUUCCGCUGCAUCCACUCCGCGAUGUCCCGCCACCUCAACAGUCUCAUUAGCAAAAGCAUCAACUAUCUUUUCAAGGUCCUGUGUGCCUUUAAGGGUGGCAACCGCAUCGAAAAGUACUCCAUGUUCGAUGCCAAGCUGAAGAGGAUACCACUAAUGACCCUGAUUGCCUCUGUGGUCGGUGCCCAUUUCGAUCACGAUCCUAUAGACAUGGGUCCUGGUGUCAGACCACCCUCUAAUAUAUACAUCUAUGAUGACGACGAUGCCGAUCCUUUCCAGCAGCCGCAAGCUAAUCAGUUUGUGGAAACUUUUCCUGACAUUGAUGAUGUGGCGCAGUUUGAACUGGAUCAUUCGAAUAAGCUCUAUAUAUAUCCUUAUAUGCAGGAGCUGCCUCGUAUCUUCACAGAUCACUUUAAGAGCAUAUUGGCUGUGGGCUAUGACAUUCCUUGUCUGGAGUUUAUCAUGUCCGGCGGAGAACCGGAAACCCAGGGAUAUUUACAUUACAUAGACGAAAACCAUGUGGAUUUCCUGGAACUCUGUGAGAAAGUCGAGCAAAUUGUCAAGGUCAACUGGCUGGGAGUUCAUGUCUACCUGAGGCCCAUCUACAAGUACUACUUCGGCCUCUUCCAGAAGUUGAUCAUGCCCAUGGUGCAGAAGGUCUGGACCGAGAAUAUACUACCGGAACUUGGGGCUGUCCAGGAGCUGCUGAAAAAACUGCAGGCCGUGAGCGAUACGACCUAUUAUCUGCGCGAUUUCAUUCCACUCAACCUGUUCAUGCUGGAUAAUCGGCACGUGAAGCUAUCGCUGCGGAUGUAUGUGCGCGAAAUCUACGAUUUCAUAAUUGAUUUUUACAAAGCCCUCAAUUGGAACGAGAACCGGGCCAUCUGCGAAGAGCUAGAGGAGAUGUCGAUGAAGGCCGGCGAGCGACCAGAGGAGACGCCCGAGGUGGUGGCCCUGCAGAACUACAUCAACGAUUGCCGGGAGAUGCGCAUAUUUGCCAUCAAGGAUGAAAUCAAGAACGUGUUGAAGCGCGUCGUCUUCCUGCUGACACACACCUACCUGUCCAGCGAUGAACUCCAUCUCAACUCGCGCACAUUCAUCUUGCCCGGCGAACUGGAGGAGGUCCUGGAUCUAAGUGCCGCCCGGCUGGCGGUGGUGCGUGAUAAUCUGGAGCUGGCCUUGCGGGAACGACGACUGGAGUUCGAGAAGCUGCUAGCCCAGGAGAAGCGAACGAUGGACGGCUUUCGAAUCAGGGAAAUCCGGGAUGUGCUCACGCUGGAGGAGCUCAAGGAGCGGGUGGAUACGGUCGAUAUGCUCUUCACCACCAUCGAGAACCUCAGCAGAGAGGCAAAGGCGAUUAAUACAGAGGAGACCCUACUCCAAAUUGACGUCUCCGCCUUUCCACUUCUGGCCGAGAUCAUCGAGAAAAUGGAGCCCAUCGAAAAGCUGUGGAAGACCUCGUACGAAUUCGAGAAGGAUUAUCUCAUUUGGAUGUUCGAGCGCUUCGAAUGCCUUAAUGCGGAUGGCGUGCGGGAGCAAGUGGAGAAUAUGCACAAGAUAAUGUACAAGUUGUCCCGUCAGUUGGCCUACAAUCCAGUGGCCAAACGAGCCGCCGAGCAGAUGCGCACCAAGAUCGAGAAGUUCCGUGUGUAUCUGCCCGUUUUGGACUCGAUAUGCCGUCAUGGCUUAGAGAAGCGGCAUUGGGAUCAAAUUUCUAAGAUACUGGGUCGAAAAGUCAACCCGAAACUGUUUCCUACUCUUAAGGACAUGAUCGAUGUGGAUAUCAUGAGCAUCCUGCCGCAGCUGGAGGAGAUUGCAAAUGCCGCAGGCAAGGAGUAUGACCUGAAUAAUGGACUGAGGAUCAUGCAGGCAGACUGGACGGACGUGAUGUUCGAGGUGCUGCAAUAUCGCGACUCGGACACUCACAUUCUGGCCAGCCUGGAUGAUAUUCAGACACUGCUGGACGAUCACAUAAUGCGAACGCAGGCCAUGAAGCGGUCGCCUUUCAUUACGGCAUUAGGAUCAAAGGCAGAUGACUGGGAGGCAAGACUACUCCUUAUCCAGAAUAUCAUAGAUGCCUGGACACAGGUGCAGAUAACCUGGAUGUACCUGGAGCCCAUCUUCAGCAGCGAGGAUAUCAUGAGACAGAUGCCUCUAGAGGGAAGGAACUUCAAGGCGGUGGACAAGCUUUGGCGAAAGAUCAUGAAGCACACCCUGAAGGAUCGACAUGUGAUGGCUGCCACUGAAUACCCGGAAAUGCUGGAGGUAUUCACAAAGGCCAUAGAGGAUCUGGAAACAGUCACCAAGGGUUUGAACACAUAUCUGGAACAGAAGCGCCUGUUCUUCGCCCGAUUCUUCUUCUUGUCUAAUGAUGAAUUGUUGGAGAUUCUCUCAGAGACCAAGGAUCCGAUGCGUGUGCAGCCACAUUUAAGGAAGUGCUUCGAGGGGAUUGGCAGUCUUACCUUUGACGACAACAUGGAGAUCAUCGAGAUGGUUAGUGACGAGGAGGAGCGUGUCGCCCUGGUCCGCAAGAUAAAUCCGCAAUUAGCCAAUGGAUUAGUGGAGAUGUGGCUUAAGGAGGUGGAGAUGGUGAUGUUGGACAGCGUGAAGGAGCAAAUGCACGAAGCCUGGGAAGACUAUGCCAUGGUGGAACGCAUCUCAUGGGUGGUCAGUUGGCCCGGACAGGUGGUGCAGGGCAUCUCCUGCAUGGCCUGGACCUAUGAGGUGGAGGAGGCCAUCGAGACGAAGGAGCUGCCGGCUUAUUUGGAGAAGUCCAAUCUGCAGAUUGCCGACCUGGUCCAAUUGGUGCGCACGGAUCUGCAAGCAGGAGUCCGGAUUGCCGUCGAGGCGCUGAUUGUCCUGGAUGUACACGAUCGUGAUGUGGUUAAAUACCUAACAGAUUGCAAGAUCACCAAUAUACAGGACUUUGAUUGGAUCUCCCAGCUGCGUUACUACUGGAAGGUCAACGAGAAAAACGAGGAAUGGGUUUGCGUCAGCAUGGUGGUCACAGAUGUCCAAUAUGGCAUGGAAUACCUGGGCAAUCUGCCCCGUUUGGUGGUAACUCCCCUCACCGAUCGCUGUUACCGUACUCUGAUGGGAGCCCUGAAGCUGUGUUUGGGUGGUGCACCCGAAGGACCUGCUGGAACGGGUAAGACUGAGACCUGCAAGGAUCUGGCCAAGGCGGUGGCCAAGAAGUGUGUCGUCUUCAAUUGUUCUGAUGGACUGGACUACAAGGCACUUGGCAAGUUCUUCAAGGGCUUGGCACAAUCGGGCGCUUGGGCCUGCUUCGACGAGUUCAAUCGCAUCGAGCUGGAGGUGCUCUCCGUGGUGGCGCAACAGAUCCUGACCAUACAGCGGGCCAUUGGACGCAAGGUUGUGAAAUUCUUUUUCGAGGAUACAAUGCUCAAACUGGAUCCGACUUGUUCCAUAUUCAUAACCAUGAAUCCCGGCUAUGCCGGCCGAACAGAGCUGCCAGACAAUCUGAAAGUCCUGUUCCGUACGGUGGCCAUGAUGGUGCCGGACUAUGCCAUGAUUGGCGAGAUCACCCUAUACUCCAACGGAUUCGAUAUGGCCAGGAAUCUAUCACAGAAAAUUGUCCAAGCUUACAAGUUGUGUUCCGAGCAGCUGUCCUCGCAGUCUCAUUAUGAUUACGGAAUGCGCGCUGUAAAGUCCGUUCUGCUGGCCUCCGCCUCGCUGCGACGGCUUUAUACUGACCUGCCGGAGCCGGAGAUUGUUCUGCGUGCCAUUGUCGAUGUCAAUUUGCCAAAAUUCCUCGAACAGGACAUCUCCCUCUUCAUCGGCAUCUACAUGGAUCUAUUCCCUGGCGUUGAGUUGCCCAUGCCGCAACGUGGUGACAUACUCAAGUGGCUGCACAUCAACCUGGCGGAUCGGAAUCUGCAGGCGACGCCGUGGUAUUUGGAGAAAAUUCUGCAGAUAUACGAGAUGCUGCUAGUGCGACACGGCCUGAUGAUAGUGGGUGGCUCAAUGGGGGGAAAGACCACUGCCUACCAGAUAUUGGCCCAGACAUUACGAAACGUUUCCAAUGAUGAGGAGGCGACUCUCAAGGAGUUCCCGGUCACGUUCCGCAUCAUCAACCCGAAGGCCAUCACCAUGGGUCAGCUUUACGGCCGCUUCGAUGCGGUUUCUCAUGAAUGGUACGAUGGAGUGCUGGCAAAAACCUUCCGAGAGCAGGUUCAAGGACCGAAAGGUGAAAGGGCAUGGGUGAUGUUCGACGGACCUGUGGAUGCAGUGUGGAUUGAGAAUCUGAACACCGUGCUGGACGACAACAAGAAACUCUGCCUAAUGUCCGGUGAGAUUAUGCAGAUGACCAAGAUGAUGAACAUGAUGUUUGAGCCGGCAGACUUGGAACAGGCCUCUCCAGCCACCGUUUCGCGUUGUGGAAUGAUAUACAUGGAGCCAUCGCAACUGGGAUGGCGGGCCCUACACAAGAGCUUCACCAAUGUUCUGGUAAAUAAGGUGGGGCUAAGCGAAAUCUACAUGACGCUAUUUGAGGACAUGACGGAGUGGCUGGUGCCGGCUGCCUUGGAUUUCCUGCCGCAGUGCAAGCAAAUGCUGGAACUUUCUCCAAUCUAUCAAUACCAGACCUUCUCACGAUUCUUCCUGCACUUCCUCGAAAAGCACAAGAUGUUUAAUCAGGCUUGGUUCCAACAAAUGUUCCUCUUCUGCUUUGCAUGGGCCUACUGCUCGGCACUCACGGGUCAGGGUCAGAAGACUUUUGACACCUUGCUCCGAAAGGUCAUCUAUGGUUCCAAUGAAAACUAUCCGAAACCCAAGUACUUCUCCCUGAAUCGCGGUCAAAUGUUCCCCGAGAAGUUGCUGUUUCUGGACUACCGAUUCGAUGAGGCGGAGAACUGGUGGACCUGGCAGAAGAGUGAUGACAGCUCGGGGACCAUAGCCAGCUUCCCCGAGAAUGCCCAAAUCAGUGAGCUCAUCGUGCCCACAAAGGAAACAGGUUACAUAUCCUAUUGGCAGGAAUUUUGCAUUUCGAAAUCAUAUGCCAUGUUGGUCGUUGGGCCUACGGGAACGGGAAAGAGUGCCAUCAUCACUAGUAACCUUCUGGCGAUGCCUAAGUUUGCCAAUCUGGUCAAUGUAAUCAACUUUUCGGCUCGUACCUCGGCUCAAAUGGUACAGGACACCAUCAUGAGCAAGUUGGACAGGCGACGGAAAGGAGUUUUUGGACCCUCGCUCGGGAAAAAGUGCACGGUUUUCUGUGAUGAUGUGGCCAUGCCAUCGAAAGAUACUUAUGGUUCUCAGGCUCCUUUGGAGCUACUUCGCACUUGGCUGGAUCAUGGUUAUUGGUCGGACCUUGUGGACACUACCAAAAUCGAACUGGUGGACAUGACUCUGAUGUGCGCCAUGGGCACUUUGGGUGGCAGUAACUUCAUUUUUCCGCGUCUCUAUCGCCACAUGUUCGUGGUGGCCGUCGAUUCCUUUGAGGACUCCACCAUCGUUCGAAUAUUCACAACGAUUGGUGAAUGGCAUUUUUCCAAGGGUUAUCCGGAAAAGGUGGCUCUCCUAUCCCGCGGUUUAUCGGAGGCUAUGGUCAGUGUGUACCGCGAUGCAAUUCGCAGCUUCCUGCCCACGCCGGCCAAGUCGCACUACUCCUUCUCCCUGCGGGACAUUACCCGUGUCUUCCAGGGCAUCGUUAUGGUGCCGCCCAAGCGAAUGCCCGACCCCGAGAAGCUGGGUCGCCUGUGGGCCCACGAAACCUAUCGCGUGUUUUAUGACCGUUUGGUGGACCAGGUGGAUCGAGAUCGUCUGCUACUGAUGGCGGUGGAUGCCUGCAAAACCAAUCUGAGAUUCCCCCUUGAGCAGGCCUUUGGCGAACGCAUUGAACCGGGAGAAAAACUUACGGACAAUGAUAUCCGCAAUCUCUUCUACGGAAAUUACAUGGAGCCGGAUGCCGAACCAAAGUAUUAUGACGAGGGCGAUACCUAUGAGAAGUUGGAGAAACUGAUGAAGUACUAUCUCAGGGAGUACAAUUCCUUCUCGAGUACGCCCAUGGAUUUGGUAAUGUUCCGAUUUGCCAUAGAACAUGUGAGCAGAGUUUCUCGAGUACUACAGAUGCCUCGUGGCAACAUUCUGAUGGUGGGCAUGGGUGGAUCAGGACGCCGAAGUUCCUGUCGCCUGGCUGCCUACAUAGCCGACUGUCGUUUGAUGACAGUGCAGGUAUCCAAGAGCUACACCAUCACGGAUUGGCGCGAUGACUUGAAGAAGAUAUUGAUGUCGGCCAGUUUCAAUCUAAACCACACCGUGUUCCUCUUCUCCGACGCACAGGCAACGGAUGAGGGCUACGUGGAGGAUAUCAAUGGCAUACUUAAUACCGGUGAUUUGCCCAAUCUCUAUCAGCUGGAGGACAAGGCAACCAUCAUGGAGAAUAUGGCAAAUGUAGCCAAACAGUUGGGCAAGAUUCUGGAUACACUGCCCAGUGAGGUUUACGCCUACUAUAUUGAUCGCAUUCGGGAGCAGUUGCAUGUCGCACUGGCCUUCUCACCUAUCGGUGAUUCUUUCAAGGAACGCAUCCGCGUGUACCCUUCGUUGAUCAACUGUUGCACCAUCGAUUGGUACAUGCCCUGGCCGGAGGAGGCGUUGUCCCGCGUGGGCGUAUACUUUGUCACCUCGAUGAACUUAAAUCGACCUCAUGGAGAGGAGCAGCCAGAACAGGCACCAGCCAAGGACCCCGCAGAUCCGGAACAGGAGGAAGGGGCGCAUCGUGGAACGGUGGACGGAGAACGGGAGUUGACCCAAUUGGAGGCAGACCUGGUCGACUGCGUCAUGUACUUCCAUCAAUCCGUAGUAGAUGCAAGUGAAAAAUGUUACCUGGAGUUGAAUCGCCGGAAUUACGUUACACCCUCUGCUUACUUGGAGUUACUUAAGGCAUUCCGCACUUUCUACACCCGCAAGCUAGACGAGAUUACCAGGCUGAGGGAUCGUUAUACCACUGGUCUGGAGAAGCUCGAUUUUGCCGCUGGACAAGUGGGUGAAAUGCAGACGAACCUUUAUGAUUUACAACCCAAGCUGAAAAUCCUCUCCGAGGAAACGGAUCGUAUCAUGGUGAACAUUGAACGUGAAACGGCGGAGGCAGAGAAAAAGAAGGAAGUGGUGGGUGCAGAUGAGGCGGCGGCAAAUGAAGCCGCUGCUGCGGCUCAGGCCAUCAAGGAUGAUUGCGAAACUGACUUGGCUGAGGCCAUCCCUGCCAUGGAGGCAGCCCUGGAAGCUUUGAACACUUUGAAACCCGCUGAUAUUUUCAUAGUGAAAUCAAUGAAGAACCCGCCCUAUGGCGUCAAGUUGACCAUGGAGGCUGUGUGCGUGAUCAGGGGCAUUAAACCAGAUCGAAAGCCAGAUCCAAGUGGACAUAUGGUGGAGGACUAUUGGGGACCCUCGAUGCGUAUGCUUAGCGACAUGAAAUUCCUGGAUUCCUUGAAAACCUUCGACAAGGACAACAUCCCGCCGGCCAUUAUAAAGAGGAUUCGGGAGAAGUACAUUGCGGAUCGUGACUUUGUGCCAGAGAAGAUCAAGGCAGCUUCGAUGGCCUGCGAAGGAAUCUGUCGGUGGGUGCGGGCUAUGGAUGUAUACGACAAGGUAGCCCGGAUAGUGAUGCCCAAGAAGGCGGCCUUGGCAGAAGCUGAGGGAGAACUUUCCCAGCAGAUGGAAAAAUUGAAUGCCAAGAGGGCCGAGCUACAGGUAAUUUUGGACAAGUUGCAGAAACUCAACGACUUCUUUGCGGAAAAGUCACGAGAAAAGAAGAGACUAGAGGAUGAAAUCGACAACUGCGAGAAGAAAUUGAACAGAGCUGAAAAACUGCUGGGCGGACUUGGUGGCGAGAAGACUCGUUGGUCGGAGGCGGCUAAGAAUCUUCACGAAUCCAUUAGCAACAUUGUUGGCGAUGUCCUGCUUGCUGGCGGGUGCACCGCUUACCUCGGUUAUUUUACUACGGAGUACCGUGUAAAUAUUCUGAAUGAUUGGAACGCCCUGUGCCUGCGCAAACACAUUCCCAGUAGUGAAACUUUUUCGCUGGCCACCACUUUGGGCCAUCCAAUGACCAUUCGAGCUUGGUCGUUGGCUGGUUUGCCCGCAGAUAACUUUUCGGUGGAGAAUGGGAUUAUAGUGACCAACUCCAGUCGCUACUCGCUGCUCAUUGAUCCGCAAGUGCAAGCCAACAAAUGGAUCAAGAACAUGGAGAAGAACAACAACCUGAAGGUGAUCAAGCAAAGCGAUGCCAACUACAUGCAAGUGCUGGAGGUGGCCAUCACUUUUGGCCAGCCUGUGCUCAUCGAGAAUGUGGGUGAAAAGCUCGACUCGAAUCUGACUCCUAUUCUGGAGAAGAACAUCAUAAAGCACAAGGGCGGUCUGUUUAUCAAGAGCGGCGACCAAAUGAUAGAAUACAAUCCAAACUUUCGUCUUUACAUAACGACCUGUCUCCGCAAUCCGCGUUAUCCGCCGGAAGUGAUGGUUAUGGUAACAGUAUUAAAUUUCAUGAUAACGGAACAGGGAUUACGCGAACAAUUGCUGGCGAUUGUGGUGGCUCACGAGCGUCCCGAUUUGCAAGAGAAGAAGGAACAAUUGAUUAUUGAGUCCGCAAGGAAUCGUGAUGCAUUGUACACCAUCGAAUCGAAGAUAUUAGAGGUUCUGUCCACCUCAGAGGGCAAUGUACUGGAGGACGAGAACGCCAUCAACAUUCUUUCAUCCAGUAAGAUUCUUUCCGAGGACAUUCAGGAAAAGCAAGUAAUAGCGGUGGCUACUGAAAUCGAGAUCGAUGCAGCCCGGCAGCAAUAUAUUCCCGUGUCCAAGCACUCGGCCAUCCUGUUCUUCUGCAUUAGUGAACUGGCGAAUGUUGAUCCAAUGUACCAGUACUCGCUCUCCUGGUUCCUCAAUCUCUUCGUCAACACGAUCCUGAAGGCCCCCAAAUCCGAUCAAUUGUCUGAACGUCUGAAGAACCUCAAUGACUACUUCACCAAGUCCAUCUACACGAACGUGUGUCGGUCGCUGUUUGAAAAGGAUAAACUGGUCAUCUCCUUGGUCAUGUGUCUGGGCAUUCUGGUUUCACAGGGUCGUGUGGAGAAGGCUGCCCUGCUCUUCUUCCUCACGGGAGGUAUCGGAUACAAGUCCAUUCCGCCGAACCCUUUGGCUUCUUGGUUGCCUGAUAAAUCUUGGGCGGCUAUCUACAGAGCUGCCGAUCUAGAAGGCAUCAAGAACCUGCCCCAGAUGAUGGAAGCCCAUGCGGAUGCCUGGCACGACUUCUACGAUGCAAGCAAUCCUGACCAGCUGCCGUUACCGGCGCCACACAACACAGUGAACGACAUGUACUACCUGAUCGUCAUCAAGGCACUCCGACCGGACAAGUUGGUGCCCGCCGUGCGGUCUUUCAUUACGCGCAACCUGGACCGCUCGUUUGUGGAGCCGCCACCCUUCGAUUUGGCUGCCUCGUUCGCGGACAGCUCGCCGAAAAUUCCGCUGGUGUUCCUGCUCUCGGCCGGAUCGGAUCCCAUGGCCAGUCUCUUCAUGUUCGCCAAACAACGCAACAUGUACGACAAAUUGAAAACCAUCUCGCUGGGUCAGGGCCAGGGUCCACGGGCGGAGAAGAUGAUUAUGGAGGCUGCCCGACAUGGCCAGUGGGUGGUGCUGCAGAACUGUCACGUCGCCAUCAGCUGGAUGGGCGACCUGGAGAGGAUUUGCAACGACACAACCUUGACGGAUGGCGCCCACCACGACUACCGGCUGUGGUGCACCUCAUAUCCCAGCGCCGUCUUCCCCGUUUCUGUGCUCCAGAACUCCGUGAAGAUGACGAACGAACCGCCCAAGGGGCUGAGAGCCAACAUGCAUCGCUCUUUCACCUCGGAUCCCCUGAUGCGGGACAAGUUCUUCACCAAUGCCUUCUUGUUCUCAGACAGCGCCAACAAGUGUUGGCUAAGGGGAGUUUUCGCCUUGGUCUUCUUCCAUGCUGUCGUCCAGGAAAGGCGAGAGUUUGGACCCUUGGGCUGGAAUAUUCCCUACGAGUUUAAUGAGUCGGAUUUGAAAAUUUCCUUGUUGCAGCUGAAGAUGUUCAUCACCCAGAGUCAGAGUAUUCCCUUCCGAGGUCAUGUUUAUUUGACCGGCGAGUGUAACUAUGGAGGUCGAGUCACCGAUGACAAGGAUCGUCGUUUAAUAUUAUCCUUGCUAAACAUGAUAUAUAAUGCUAAUACAAUUGAACAGGAUAAUUAUGCUCUCUCUCAGUCUGGAAAUUAUCUAGUGCCCAUCAGUCCUACUCGUUUGAACUCCAUAGAGUAUGUUUCCAGUUUCCCACUGAGUCCACAUCCCGAGGUCUAUGGGUUGCAUGAAAAUGCGGAUAUAAAUCGUAAUGUUAAGGAAACCAAUGCGCUCAUCGGUGGUGUUUUGCUGACCCAGACAGAUUUGAUGGCUUCGGUGAAGGCCAGUUCCUCGGGCGGAGCCAAGGAGGACCCGGCUAUAGCUAUCUGCAAGCAGGUUCUUAGUCAGCUUCCCCAAGAAUUCGACAUCGAUGAGGUCUCCAAGACAUAUCCCGUGAUCUACACCAAUUCGAUGAACACUGUGCUGCGCCAGGAGUUGAUUCGUUUCAACCGGCUGCUCUCCUACAUCCGGAAAAGUCUGGUCAACGUGGGCAAGGCGGUGGUGGGUCAGAUUGCCAUGAUACCCGAACUAGAGCGAACACACGCCUCGAUGGUCAUUGGCAGGCUUCCGGCAGACUGGCUGAAGAAAAGCUAUCCGUCGCUUAAGCCAUUGGGCAGCUACGUGAGCGACCUUCUGGCCCGGUUGGCCUUCUUCCAGGAUUGGAUAGACAACGGCGAACCGAUGGUUUAUUGGAUAUCCGGUUUCUACUUCACCCAGUCCUUCAUUACGGGCGUCCUGCAGAAUUACUCGCGUAAGAAUCGCUUCCAAAUCGACAUGAUCUUGAUUGAGUUUGCGGUGACCAAGUUCGAGGUAACAGUCCCUGGAACUCCCGAUUUGGGGGCCUACAUCCGGGGCAUUUUCAUUGAGGGAGCUCGUUGGAAUCGCAAGACCAAGGAGGUGGACGAGUCCUUUUCUAAGAUCCUGUUUGAUACCCUGCCUGUUAUAUACCUUCGUCCCGUGUUGAAAGCCCUAGAGGAUCUACCCCGUAACACCGGCGGCGCUGAGCCCGAGACCGUAUACGAUUGUCCCGUUUACAAGACCAGCGAACGGAGAGGCGUCCUCUCCACCACGGGCCAUUCAACGAAUUUCGUGAUGUACCUGCAGCUGAGAUGCUCCCGGAAACCCAUGCAUUGGAUUAAUCGGGGCACGGCCUGCCUGUGCCAACUGGACGACUGAUUGGGACUGCGAGUGGCCAUGGGCCAGGUGGCGAUCCUGAUACUGUGCCUAUAUUAUGUUUUUUUCGCCGGCACAAAGGGUCGCCUGUCGUGUCCCAUCUAUAUGCAGAUAUACAUAUAUAUUUUGAUUUUGUUCCGUUUGAUUCUGCAUCCCAGGAAGCCCCAAAAGCGAACUGUCUUGUUUGUUUUGUUGGCCCCUGUUUUCCCGUAUUCACCGGGGGCAAUGUGGCAAGAUGGUGGGGGCAGCACGCAGUGGCAUUUUGAUGAUGAUGAUGCUGAUUGCCAGAUAUAAAUUAAAUAUGCACAGUACUAUACGGCGUGGCUGGAAAUAUAUUUUUUAUGUGCUCCAUUUACAAAUGAAUAAACGAAAGAAUA